AUGAGAAACAAAACAGAUCAACAUCUAUCUACUGGAUGUCUUCAAUUAUCUGCUUUAAGUAUUCGUGGUCAUGCAAUGCUUUCACAUGAAGGUUUACCACCUGAACGUGAAAUACUUGAAUAUGCUUGGCAAAUUGAAACUAUCCUUGAUGAAUGUACACUUGGUCGUUCAUCAUAUAUUGGUAGAGCAAAAUGGAUUGAAAAACUCAAAUAUGAUGUACUUAGAUUUAGUUUAGAUUCAACUCAUCUUAAUCUCAUUGAAGUUGGAAAUGCUGUUAAUGUUCAAAUAGCACCUAUUCGUUUAUGUAUGUGUAAUAUGCAUACAUCAUUAUGUAAUGAAAAGGCUGGUUCAGUUAGCAUUCCUGAAUUACGUAUUAAUGCAAAAUUUGAAUGUCAUCCACCAACACCUGCUACAAUAAAUGAACAAUUAGAAUUUCUUCGUCGACAUGAUCAACAUUCUGAACGGCUACAUUUUCUUUAUAAUCCUAAAUUUCAACAAACAUUAAUUAUUCCAACAAUAUCAACAAAUUUAAAACGUCCAUCUUAUGUUGGUUUAGCAACAAAUUAUUAUACACUUGUGCAAGAUGAACAAUUUUUUAAAAGUACAUUUCGUCCUAGUGAACAAUCAUCAUUUGGUCGUUCAUUAUUUCAUCCGGAGUUACAUGUUUUACAUUCAUAUUUUAUAUUUGAACAUAAAUAUAAUUGGACUAAUUAUGAUCAACAUGUUAGUCGAUUGCAUGAUGAAUUAGAUGAUAAAGAAAUUUUUUAUUCAUUUGAUUUUUGUGGACAACAGAAACAAUCUAAUGAACAACAUCAAAAUAUAAACGAUAAUCCAUUAUAA